CAAUUCAUCACGGUAUGUGAUUAAAGAUUAGGAACCUUUUCAUGGGUACAUAAGGCCUCCAACUCCACCUCGUCUUCUUGUUCUUCUUGGAAUUUCUGCAGCUUCGCUAAUUACUACGAUUGAACAAAGAUGUGGCUUUUCAAAAGAAAAGGGCCAUCUGGGUUCUCAUCCUCUUCCACUGCUGAGGAAGUCACGCAGGGGAUUGAUGGCUCUGGUCUCACUGCCAUUGUCACAGGGGCUUCAAGUGGUAUUGGUGCUGAAACAGCUCGUGUUCUUGCACUGCGUGGUGUCCGUGUUGUAAUGGGGGUCAGAAACAUGGCUGCUGGCCAAGAGGUUAAAGAUGCAAUUGUUAAGGAAACCCCUGAAGCUAAAGUUGAUGUCUCGGAGUUAGACCUCAGUUCACUUGCAUCUGUGAGAAAUUUUGCAAAGGAGUUUAAGUCGUCUGGCCGUCCCUUGAAUAUCCUAAUUAAUAAUGCUGGAGUCAUGGCGACCCCAUUCAAGCUAUCCAAGGACAACAUUGAAUUGCAGUUUGCCACAAAUCACUUAGGUCAUUUUCUUUUGACUAACUUGUUGUUGGACAAAAUGAAGAAAACAUGUCAUCAAACUAAGAGAGAGGGAAGGAUCGUGAUUGUUGCAUCAGAAGCUCACCGCUAUCCCUAUCGUGAAGGUGUGCGUUUUGAUAAAAUCAACGACCAAGAAGGGUACAGCAGCUUCUUUGCUUAUGGUCAAUCAAAGCUUUCUAAUGUGCUGCAUGCUAAUGAGCUUGCCAGACGGUUAAAGCAGGAAGAUGAUGCAGACAUAACUGCCAACUCGCUUCAUCCUGGAGCAAUUACAACCAACCUUUUCCGUCAUGUCGGCAUUUUAGGAGGCCUUGCAAGUACUGUUGGAAAAUAUGUGUUAAAAAACAUUCCACAAGGAGCAUCAACAACAUGCUAUGUAGCAUUGCAUCCGCAAGUCAAAGGAAUAAGUGGCGAAUAUUUUGGCGACAAUAACAUAGCUAAAGCAAGCUCAAUGGCCAUGGACGCGGAUCUGGGAAGGAGACUCUGGGAUUUUAGCGUCAGCUUAACGAAUCCCAAAUGAUUCCUGAGAAGCCAAAUCUUCCAGGAAAAAUAGACCACAAAAAAAAAAAAAACCCUACGUCUUCAUGCGAUAACACAGCCUCUAUUAUGUUCGUGGCUUUCCUACUUAGCAGCAGGCUUGCUCCUCCAUUGAGGAGUCUGGUGGCAUCAUGCAUGUUUUUUCAUCCGUCGUUCGUGGUGAAGCAAGUGGUACUCCGUUCCUCUUGAUCUGUAAUGCUGUUAAGAGUAGAUGAUGUCUAGUUGUCCCUGGCUAUGCUUUAGUGGCAUUACUUGAAUUAGUCCGUGCUCAUUUUGUUUUGGGUUCAGUCUUCCCCGAACGAACGUUGCAAGACUUUUCGCUGUUACUUUUAGUGGUUUCACCUUAUUUUAUCCGUAACAACAUUGAAGAACGA